UGCCUCAAGACGCGGGCGGCGCGGGUCCGGGUGGGCAAAGGGGACAAGCCCGUGACCUACGAGCAGGCACAUCCCCCCCACUACAUCGCCCACCGCAAGGGCUGGCUCUCCCUGCACACCGGUAACCUGCACGGCGAGGCAGGCGCGGCAGAGCGGGCAGUGGAGGACUCGUUCCUGCGCCGCUUCAUGUAUGGCACCUUCCCGGGGCUCCUGGCGGACGAGGUGGUGCUGAAGCGCCGCGGGAACCUGCUGGUGAUCUGUGCCCUGCUUAGCCGGGCACUGCCCCCCAGCAAGAUCUACUUCCUGGUGGGCUACACCGAGACCCUCCUGAGCCACUUCUACAAGUGCCCCGUGCGCCUGGAGCUGCAGACGGUGCCCGCCCGCGUGGUCUACAAGUACCUGUAGUGCCCGGCAAUAAACACCUAGCUCUGA